CUCGUUGGCGCGAGAUUUUACUCAUCCAAGAUGUCGGACGCCUGGGAUGCAGAUGAUUUUGAGCCAGGAGAUUUUGGCAAUAAACCGUCAGAUCGGUGGGAAGGCGAGGAUGAAGAUGACGUCAAGGAAAGUUGGGAAGAUGAAGAGGAUGAAGAAAAGAAAGAAGAAAAUGCUGAUUCAGACUCCAAACCUUUCCAAAGAAAGAAAAAGAAACCACUGGCAGAGAGAAUAGCAGAAAAACAAGCUGCAAAGGCAGCAUCUGAGGAAGAAGAGAAGAAACAGAGCACACCAUUAACAGCUGAAGAAGAAUUGGCAGAAAAAUUACGCAGGGAAAAAAUCCAGAAAGAGGCUGAUUUAAAACUUGCCAAAGAGGCUUUCGGAGUUGAAAUAACAGGAAUCGACACAAUGUACCCAGAAACGGAAGAAGAAUACAACAAGUUUGAGGAUGCAUUAAAAACAAAAAUCUCAUUUUUUGAAAAAUCCAAAUAUUAUGUUCCAUUUUUAGAAAAAUUAUUCACAGAUUUAGUUGUUUCAUUAGAAUGUGACGACGUGAAAAAACUUGGUGCAACUCUAAACACAGUAUUUCACGAAAAGCAGAGACAACAAAAGGAGCAGGACAAAAAGAAGAAAAACAAGAAGAAAAUUGUGAUAAAAGCGGAACGUGACAAUGACUUUGGUGACCUGGCAGCUGCUUCUACUGGCGAAUAUAAUGACUUUUAUGAUGAUGACUUUAUAUAACGUCAGCUGAUUUCUGUGAAAGGGAUAAUGCGACAGUGGAAAACAUCUAACCUAUGCUGAUUGUACUGAAAUAAAGCAUGACUGGACCUUUUAUAUUCAGUAAAGCAUGCCUUGUACAAAAUUCUAUUUAUUUAUAUUUGAACCAAGUUUCAAUUUAAUAACAUUUACACACUGUACAGAACUGUAUAGAACAUUAAAAAUAUAUUUCGUGUAAUGAAACCGUUACAAUGGUUGCAUUAGAAUUUGCAAAAUUAUGGAACCAUUUCUGAUAAAUUUAUUUGUUUAAAAGAAAAAAAAAGUAAUGCUACAGAAUAAAUCUUGAGUUGAAUGUUGACAAGUUUUAAUUACUUUAUUUAGAAAUGGACAUGUUUAGUUGUGUUUCACAUAUUUAAAAGGAUUGUCCAUAAAGUUUUUGGACAAUGACAUUUUUAUCAAACUGAGUGCUCCUAAAUAUACUUAGUGUGUAAUGUGUAUCAAAAUUUUUGUAAUUAAAAUCAGAUUCAGGAUAUUUUUUUGAUAUGUAAAAAUCAAUUAAAUGUUGCAGAUUGUGUGCUUGACUUUGGUUAAAGUGGCAUAAACUUUGAAAUGAAGUUUUUUAAUUUACUAGUAGAAAGUAAAAAUUCAGUAAAAAUUAAAUAUGCAUUAAAUGCAAUUGUCAUAUUUUGAAAACCUUGGACUCCUUAGUAUUGCUUAUUGGACAGUUAUGGAAAAUAUUUUUUUAAAGAAUCAAGAAAUAUGUUUCAAAAAUUGACUGUAAGAGCAAUGAUUGGCACCGAAAGAACCAGCAUUCAAUUAAAAAAAAAGAUGUAAACGAUGUUAGAAUAAGAUAAGUAUUUAAACAGUUGUAAAUUAUUAGAAUAUAUUUAGUUCAUUGAUUUGAAAUUGAAAUAAAAGUAUACAAUUUUUGAA